AUGGUCGUGCUUUCGGUGCCCGCGGAAGUCACUGUGAUCCUGUUAGAUAUCGAAGGUACCACAACCCCGAUUGCUUUCGUGAAGGAUACUUUAUUUUCUUAUAUCAAAGAAAAUGUUAAAGAGUAUCUUCAGACACAUUGGGAAGAAGAGGAAUGCCAGCAGGAUGUCAGUCUCUUGAGGAAACAGGCUGAAAAGGACUCCCACCUGGAUGGGGCUGUUCCAAUCCCUGCAGCAUCUGGGAGUGGGGCAGAUGACCUGCAGCAGAUGAUUCAGGCUGUCGUUGAUAAUGUCUUCUGGCAGAUGUCUUUGGACCGAAAGACCACGGCACUGAAACAGCUGCAAGGCCACAUGUGGAGAGCGGCAUUCACAGCUGGGCACAUGAAAACAGAGUUCUUUGAAGAUGUAGUUCCAGCAGUCAGGAAAUGGAGAGAUGCUGGAAUGAAGGUGUAUAUCUAUUCUUCGGGGAGUGUAGAGGCACAGAAACUAUUAUUUGGGCAUUCUACAGAGGGCAAUAUUCUUGAGCUUUUCGAUGGUUACUUCGAUACCAACAUUGGAUACAAAGUGGAGAGUGAGAGUUAUCGAAAGAUUGCAGACAGCAUUGGGUGCUCAACCAACAACAUCCUGUUUCUGACAGAUGUUACUCUAGAGGCCAGUGCUGCCGAGGAAGCAGAUGUGCACGUCGCUGUGGUGGUAAGGCCUGGCAAUGCAGGACUGACCGAUGAUGAAAAAACUUACUACAGCCUCAUCACAUCCUUCCGUGAACUCUGCCUGCCUGCCUCAAGCUAG